AUGCCCGCCCUCCCGGGCCCCGGCGGCCCGCAACCCUGCUAGGCUGCGGCGGCAUGGCCCGCGCGCCCGGCGCGACCUCUGCGGAUUGCAUCGGUGUGCGGCGGCGGGGCAUGCCCAGGGCACCGGGCGCGGCCUUCAAUGGGCGAGGACACGGACACGCGGAAAAUUAACCACAGCUUCCUGCGGGACCACAGCUAUGUGACAGAAGCUGACGUCAUCUCCACUGUCGAGUUCAACCACACUGGGGAACUGCUGGCCACAGGUGACAAGGGUGGCCGCGUGGUUAUCUUCCAGCGGGAACCAGAGAGUAAGAACACACCUCACAGCCAGGGUGAGUAUGACGUGUACAGCACCUUCCAGAGCCACGAGCCAGAGUUUGACUACCUGAAGAGCUUGGAAAUAGAGGAGAAAAUCAACAAGAUCAAAUGGCUCCCGCAGCAGAACGCCGCACACUCGCUGCUGUCUACCAACGAUAAAACUAUUAAAUUAUGGAAGAUCACCGAACGAGACAAGAGGCCCGAGGGCUACAACCUGAAGGAUGAGGAGGGGAAACUAAAAGACCUGUCCACGGUGACAUCAUUGCAGGUCCCUGUGCUGAAGCCCAUGGACCUGAUGGUGGAGGUGAGCCCGAGGAGGAUCUUUGCCAAUGGCCACACCUACCACAUCAACUCCAUCUCGGUCAACAGUGACUGUGAGACAUACAUGUCGGCAGAUGACCUACGCAUCAACCUCUGGCAUCUGGCCAUCACUGAUCGCAGCUUCAAUAUCGUUGACAUCAAGCCAGCCAACAUGGAAGACCUCACGGAGGUGAUCACAGCAUCUGAGUUCCAUCCCCACCACUGCAACCUCUUUGUCUACAGCAGCAGCAAGGGCUCCCUGCGGCUCUGUGACAUGCGGGCAGCUGCCCUGUGCGACAAGCACUCUAAGCUCUUUGAAGAGCCCGAGGACCCCAGCAACCGCUCCUUCUUCUCAGAGAUCAUCUCCUCGGUGUCGGACGUGAAGUUCAGCCACAGUGGGCGCUACAUGCUCACGAGGGAUUACCUCACGGUCAAGGUCUGGGACCUGAACAUGGAGGCGAGGCCCAUAGAGACCUACCAGGUCCAUGACUACCUGCGGAGUAAGCUCUGCUCCCUGUAUGAGAGUGACUGCAUCUUUGACAAGUUUGAGUGCGCCUGGAAUGGAAGUGACAGCGUCAUCAUGACAGGGGCCUACAACAACUUCUUCCGCAUGUUCGACCGCAACACCAAGCGGGAUGUGACGCUGGAGGCCUCUAGGGAGAGCAGCAAACCCAGGGCAGUGCUCAAGCCCCGGCGCGUGUGUGUGGGUGGCAAGCGACGGCGUGAUGACAUCAGUGUGGACAGCUUGGACUUCACCAAGAAGAUCCUGCACACAGCCUGGCACCCGGCCGAGAACAUCAUUGCCAUUGCAGCCACCAACAACCUGUACAUCUUCCAGGAUAAGGUCAAUUCUGACAUGCAUUAGUUGGCCUCAGUGGCCCUCUCUGCCACCUCUGUGGGAGGGCAGGAUGGUGGCCGUGGUGGGGACGUGAGUCCCUAGGCUACAGUCGCCUUGGAUGGUAGUUGCCGGUUUAAACAAAGGAAAGGAAACAGCUUCAGUGGAUAAGAUGGAUGAGCCUGGUGGGCCUCAGGCCAGGGAUUACGGUCCUUCCGCCUCAGGCUGGGCCUUUGUUUAUCGCCAGGACUAAUUCACAUCUGGGGUGAUUUUUACUGCAGUGGGUCACUUCCUUUCUGGGAUAGUCAAGCUGGUCCCUGACGGGACUUCAGAGAAAGAGCGAAGCCCCCAAGCCAGGAAAGACCUGUCCUCAAAGGAGCCAGCCAUGCGGGCCAUGGCUCAAAGCUGCUGGCUCGUGUUGGAUUUUGGACAGUGCAUUUUCGUUGAGCGCUGGCAGUGCCAGCUGCUCUCUGGGGAGUUUGGGAUGUCGUUCUGUGUCCUAGGUGCCGGGCCGGGGCAGGUCCUGAGAGACAGAGCUGAAGUCCUAGGGUUAACCGUGAGGCAGGGCUAGGUUCCUUGUGUGGCUUUUCCAGGCUGGGGUGAGUCCUGAGAGGCAGGACUGGGGACCCUGUGUGGCUAUAGCCCUUACCUCACUGCCAUCCAUUUGUGAGUGCCCACUGCACGCUGGGCAUGGUGCUCAGUCCAUAGUGGCUGUGGAUGGAUCCUCACAGCCCACUCUGUGGUUUUGCUGUCACUCUCCCAUGCUAGCCUGUCAUCUUCCCACAGUUGGCCGCGGGUCCUGUCCUUGACUGAGGCAGGUAUCCGCUCAUUUCCGUAAGUCCCAGCUGGAGCUGGGAUGUAGUUUCCACCCCUUUGUACAUAGGAGGAAGCUGAGACAGAGAAAGGGGGUUCCUAAGGAGCCACACCCUGAGGCUGAGUUGAGGUCCCUCGCAGGUCUUCCCACGGGUUCUUCCCCACCCUCCACGUUAGUUUUAAGCGGCAUCCCAGUGGAAGGUUCUGCAAGGGAAGCAUCCCCACCUUGUGAAGUCGGAGCAGGUGCCCUGGUGAGCGGAUGACAUGAGAGAGAAGAUGGAGAGGAGCUACCGUGGCUCCCCACUCUGCCUGGUGGCACCCGGGCAUGCCUCCCAGACGCUUCACCUACACGGUACCCGCAGCUUUCUCCUCAUCCUCCCAGACGCUCCCCCAAGGAGGUUGCAUGCAGCCAGGCAGCCCGGGAGGACAUUCACUCGGACCUCCCCAGAGCCACAGGUCAGUGGCCAUUCACGGUGACCCCUGCCCUAUCCUCACUCCUGGAACCCCAGAACUGCAGGGUUUGACAUUUUGACUCUGGAAGCAGAGAGCAGGGGGCUUUAGUUUUUACAACAUGAGCUGCCACCCAGGAAACAGAUGCAAUGGAACUUUUUUUCCUCAGUGGAUCAAGGUAUCCUUGUGUGUGUAAAAGCACAAACCGCAUGCACACUCACUUCUGGCCAUGUAUUUACACAGACACUGGCCCAUUACAUUUUCGUUUUAUUUUCUUUUUUUAAUCAACGUGAAUGAAGAAUGUUUAUCCAUCACUGUAAAAUUCAGGCGCUCUGGACAGUAUCAUAUGUACAUAUUGGCUCUGAUUAAAGUGAGCAGUCAAAAGAUCGGACGGCUUUCCCCUCUUGUAAAGAAGUUGAAGAAUGUGGCCAUUUGUACAUAAAUCCCAUUGAAGCCAAAAUCCAGGUGAGAGGCCUUACACACCGGCCUGGCUCUCUGGCACACCGGCCUGCCUUUGGGAGUUGCUUGCUGCUGUGAGACCACAGGUGUCAGAUGUACCGUCUUCAGAGUCAAAUCUCACACGGUCUUCAAAAGGAAGGGUCGUGCACACACCCCUAGUAUCUAGAUUUCUGUUUUAAAUGUUGGGUACCAAAGUAGGAAGGAAGAAGAGAGACAGAAACAGAUCUCAGAAGAAAAGCAUGUCCUUGGGACCCCAGGAAGUCACCCAGGUCCAGAGCGACUGCGAAUAGUAUUGUAUUGACAGAGGAAAAAGGUGCGGAGGGGGGAGGGGCAGUGCGAGAAACAGCAGGACUGGAGACAAGCCACAGACUCUGCCACCUUACUCUGCUUAAGUUCUCUGGUCUUGAAUGUGUGGCAUUCCCAUAAUCAUCGAGACACUGCUGGGGUUUUGGGUUUGUCCCUUCUGCUUUGGUUGUUCCCUGAGGGCGAAGCCCUUGGAGGCUGUUGGGUUUGUAUGUGCUGGUAACACAGUCAGGCCCAGUCAUUUGGGGUUCUGUGGCUCAUAGGUGCAUUCUUUUCUUUCUUCGGUGUCUCACAAAUUAUCCAACUGUUGAAUAAAAUUAUAAAUAUGUUAAUACCAGCUUUUUCCAAUAAAAUAACAAAUGUUACAUCUAA